AUUUACGAAAUUGAAUUUCAAAAGCUCGAGAGGGAGGAGCGAUGAAGGUCCUGUGCUCCUCGCUCGCUCUCUCUCUCUCUCUCUCUCUCUCUCUCUCAUAUCCCCUUCUCGCAAUCCCUUCCUCUUUCUUUCUCUCCCUACAGCUCACAAAAACCCUGCUCUCUCUCUCUCUCUCUCUGGCUUUUUUUUUUUCUCUAACCCGGGAUCGAGCUUUGUUUGAUUCCAGUCAGUCUUCAAUUUUUUACGGCGGCAUUCACCGGACUCCAGCUUAAAUAUCUAUUGUGUAAUGUCCGACUUUGCUUUGAAAAUUAUACGAUCAUAGAAGGUGUUUCGAUCUGAAAGUUGGCGAAUUUGAGAAGAUUUUGCGGAAUUCCUGCAGUUCUUGAAGAGGAAUAUCAGUGGAUUGAGUGUAUCAGUGAGAAGAAUAGAUUUGAAUUUGUUUGGCGUUUUUGGAAAUUUUUAUUUGCUUUGAAUUUGAAUUCGAUGGACCAAGGGGAGGGAGGGGAUUUCCCUCCAAAAAAGACUCAAUCAGAUACUUCUGCAACGGCGGCGUCUGAUUUCCCGGCGAAGAAGCUCGCGAGGCAGCUGGUUUUCACAUCCUCCUCAGCCGCGUCGACCGCGUCGACGAGUGUCGUCUUGCCGGAGCACCCGCAGUUGGCUCCAGUGCAGGCUCAGCUGCAGCCGCAGCCUCCCGCACAGCCUCAGCCGUCAUCGCAGAUGGUGUCUAUGCCCGUGCCCUCUCAGGCUCCGCACCCUUCUACCAGGGCUGUAAAACCAGAAUCCCCAAGAUCAAGGGGAAGAUCCAAUAUUGAGGUAAAAGAGGGUACUCCAAAGAAGCAAAAACAGUGCAAUUGCAAACACUCAAAAUGCUUAAAGUUGUAUUGUGAAUGCUUUGCAUCUGGCAUAUAUUGUGAUGGAUGCAACUGUGUUAAUUGUUCAAAUAAUGUCGAAAAUGAGGCUGCUCGGCGAGAUGCUGUAGAAGCUACCUUAGAGCGAAAUCCAAAUGCCUUCAGGCCAAAAAUUGCGAGCAGUCCACAUGGAACUCGGGAUAAUAGGGAGGAGGCUGGGGAUGUUUUGAUUUUGGGAAAACACAACAAGGGAUGCCAUUGCAAGAAGUCAGGGUGCCUUAAAAAGUACUGUGAGUGCUUCCAAGCCAACAUUCUUUGCUCCGAAAAUUGUAAGUGUAUGGACUGCAAAAACUUUGAAGGCAGUGAAGAGAGACAGGCUCUCUUCCAUGGAGACUAUACAAACAGUUUCACGUAUAUCCAGCAGGCCGCAAAUGCUGCUAUCACCGGAGCAAUUGGAUCCUCUGGCUUUGGGUCCCCUCCAGUAUCCAAGAAAAGAAAAGGUCAGGAACUCUUCCUUGGGCCAACAGCAAAGGAUGCUUCCAUUCAAAGGCUUGCACAAUAUCAACAGACGAACCAUGGUAAAGUUUCUGCACCCUCCUCUUCUUUGUCUUCUGUUCCUAUUAAUCGUUCCGGAAACAAUGCAGCAUUGGGCCCUUCAAAAUUUACAUACAGGUCUCUCUUGGCUGAUAUCAUCCAACCACAUGACUUGAAGGAACUUUGCUCAGUUUUGGUUGUUGUUGCGGGAGAAGCUGCUAGGACACUUGCAGACAGAAAAGAUGCAAUGGAAAAACCAGCAGAAGAUCAGAUAGAAACAUCCCUUGCUUCGUCAACCCAAGAAAGGUUGCAAAGCCAGAAAGAAUCUGAUGCUGAGAAAACUGCAUCUGAUGAUUGCUCAAGUAGAAACGAGGCUGAUAAAAUUUGCCCUGAUGAUGCAAGUUCGGAUGGUGCUGAAUUGCCAAAAGGAAGGCCAAUGUCUCCUGGAACAUUAGCAUUAAUGUGUGAUGAACAGGACACAAUGUUUAUGGCAGCUACUUCGCCUCCUGAAUUAAUAGGCCAUGGAAACACAUCUUCACAGUUGCCUUAUGGGCAAGGCACGACAGAGGUAUAUGCAGAGCAGGAAAGAAUUGUUUUGACAAAGUUUCGGGACUGUCUUAACAGACUCAUCACUUUUGGAGAAAUCAAAGAAACAAAAUGUUCGUCAUUAGCCAAAAUUGAGACGGGGAAUCAAAAAGACCCAUUCAGCAAUAGUAGCUCAAAUUUCAGAAAUGAAGUGGGGAAUCAACAAGAACCUAUUAGCAAUGGUGUUGCCAAACCUGUCAUGCCACCCACAGCAAAGACAUCACAGAUGGGUACUGCUGCAGCUGCUGCUUCAAAUAAUAUACUUGCAAAAGUUCCACCCCUCCCCGAAAAUGGGGAUGUAAAACCAAGGAUUGAAAAAGAGAUGUAAAAAAAAGAAUAGAAAAAAGAAAAAAAAAAUGACAGGAUCAGCUCAAGGUCUGCUGCCGCAUCUUUGUAAUACUAGGCCAUUGUUCAUUGUGACUCGUCCUUGAUGCAGUGGCAAGGAUUGUGUUUAGCUCCAUUGUUAAAAUUGAUCAGGUUCUGAUCCAUUUACAUUAAUCUUUAAUAUAGUAAUUUUAAAAUUUGUUUUCCCAA